AUGGCCUUCUAUAGGACGGGUCGGUACUGGGAUAGGACCAGUGGUAAAGUAAGAAUGGCCUUCUAUAGGAUGGGUCGGUACUGGGAUAGGACCAGUGGUAAGCUCAUGAGAACGCUCACGUUGGCAACCGCGUAUAGUCGAAUUCCAGGGACUACGGGACCUCCUGCUACAAACUGCCCCGCGACCACCGCUCAGGCCGUCGCCAUCAACGGAUUCCUCCAGUGUCACGACGGCGCACCCGGGGUCGAGGAGACUCGUAGACCGAGUGAUCUCUCCGUCUGUGACGCAAACAUGCCACUCAGGUCCCAGCGGUGGGAAGUGCUCUUGAGUUGGCGUUUUAUCUCGGAAUGUGUCGUUGCAUAUAAAGCCACUGGCUCGGAGCUUUCGCAGGGGGAGGCGGUGUGGAAUUUCCACUUUGCCGUUACGACAGAGGUGACUGCCAUACCUGAGAGUGUGUCUGUGUCUUCUCUCUCACAGGUGAAUGCAUUACCUGAGAGUGUGCCUGGGUCCUCUCUUUCACAGGUGACUGCCAUACCUGAGAGUGUGUCUGUGUCUUCUCUCUCACAGGUGACUGCCGUACCUGAGAGUGUGCCUGUGUCUUCUCUCUCACAGGUGACUGCCGUACCUGAGAGUGUGCCUGUGUCUUCUCUCUCACAGGUGAAUGCCGUGAAUGCCAUACCUGAGAGUGUGCCUGUGUCUUCUCUCUCACAGGUGACUGCCGUGACUGCCAUACCUGAGAGUGUGUCUGUGUCUUCUCUCUCGCAGGUGACUGCCAUACCUGAGAGUGUGUCUGUGUCUUCUCUCUCACAGGUGACUGCCAUACCUGAGAGUGUGCCUGUGUCCUCUCUCUCACAGGUGACUCCCCUACCUGAAGCUGUGCCCUGGUCCUGGGGGGUGAAGAUCAGGAAGAAGCUGAAAGCUGUGUCGCCUUUCCUGGGCAAAUUCAGGCCGUUGGUGGGGCAGUGCUGUCAUCAGUGCACCCCAGAGAGCCUGGGUUGGAAGCUCUUACAUCAUCCAUCCCUUGGUUUCCAGAAUGUUCUGCAUGUGAAAGAGACGCACACCAGGUAUCGUGGCUGGCUGGUCAGAAGAAUGUGUUGCAUUCUCUUUGUGGGCAGCUGUAAAGUCUACUCCAGCCCUGCUGAGGACAGACUCAUCAGGGUGUACAGCACUGACAGGGUGAAGCAGGCUCUGACAGCAGCACACGGCCCGGGCCAGGACAGCGCCACAGCGGGGCCCGUCACCACAGGGCCUUCCAGAAGAAUCCUGCGCCUCGUUCAUACAGGCAUCUCCCCCACUUUGCUCCGGCUGGCCGGCUGGUUUUUGCUGAAGCUUUUAAAUGUCGUCUUCUGUAGCGUGCAGGUCAACCUCAACCAACUGGCCGCACUUCACAGAGCCACACAGCUGAAAUCUCCACUGGUCUUUGUGUCCGUGCGUCAGAGCUGUCUGGACCAGGCUCUGAUCUCUCUGGUUCUCUUCUGUCACAGCCUGCGUGUCCCUUACACGGUCUACACAGGCCAAGUCCAUCGCACCUGGUUCAGGGUUCUUCUUAAGAAACUAGGCGUCCUCCUUUUCCCAGACGACGUAAUCACAGAGGGAGAUGCUGAGAUGGACCAUCUCUAUUCAUCACUCAUGACCUCAUUGGUCGGAGAGCUCUUGUGUUCGGGUGAGAGUCUGAGCAUUGGUAUUGAUGAGCACAGUGGGCACGGGAGCCAGUGGCUGGCACGUGUCAGACAGGCCCUAACAGACGGCCUGGUGCCCGACGUCAGUGUGGUACCGGUAGGCAUCUCUUACGACUGCCCUCCCUACCAGUCUACAGCGCUUCAGGCUGGCUGGCUGGCUGCUCUGUGGUUUGUCGUUUCCCUGCUGAGGGGAGAUCAGAGAGGGAGUGUUAGGAUCCAUUUUGCCCAGGCCUUCUCUCUGAAAGAGAUGUGUGAGUCGGGUAAGUGUCGUGUGGACAGAGGGCGCCCCCUGCAGGAGCUGCUGUUGCCUGCUGUGCUUCACAACAGGACAGAUUCCAUAUUUGGGCAGAAGGACGUGUCCUGGGUCCUCCCCCCGGAAUGGUUAAGGGAAACGCCCUCGUCAGACAGACAGCUGACAGUCGCCUUAACUUUCCACCUGCUGCACUCGACCACUUAUUGCACUGCCGUCAUGUCAACAAGUCUGGUCUCCUGUUUACUGCUGCACAAGCAUCGUAAGGGUGUGCGUGUGUCUCAGCUCUGCAGAGACAUGCUGUGGCUGUUGGAAGAGGUUUUGUUCAGGAACAGAGACGUGGGGUUCGCAGGUUCGUUGGCGGGCGUGGUUUGCCACGCCCUGCAUCUGCUCCGCCCCUGGCUCCUGAUGGCCGCUCCGCCCCCGAAAGCUGACCCCGUCGUGGCCCCGCGGCCGACUCCACAGGCCCUGCUGACACUGCGCAAAAUCUGCCACCCACUCACACAUGUCUUCAGCCACGAGGCAGUGGGAGCCUGUGCAGUGUUGGCUUUGUUCAGUGAAGUAGCAGGCUGUAGAGGGGAUGGAGCAGAGAUGGAGUUUGACGUUACGCUGUGCCAAGACGAGCUCACUAAUAAAUGCCUUCAGCUCACACACUUACUGCAGCCUGGCUUUAUACCUCCCUGUCAAUCUGCUCUCAGUUUUGCGCUGGAUGCUGUUGAUAGCCUAGUGCGCUGUGGUAUUCUUGUGAUGGAGGAGAUUCCCAGAGAUGUGCCAGUGUGUGAUCUCUGGAGGAGGCAUAACAUGCUGAGUUGGAAAGCAGCCGAUGACUCUGACCACAGCAGUGACUCCGACUGUGAAGAACCAGACACACGCUUCUACAAGUUGAGCCAGCCGUCUGAGUGCCCUGAGCUACUAUUUUUCCUCUGCAGUUUGAUGAGUGUCCAGCUGAGGGCACUAUGCUGGACUGUGGAGGGAGUACAUCUCCUCCCAACACCUCUCCCAGAGUCUGACUGCGUGAAUCAGCUUCAUACGUAUGUGAAGAACAGAGCCGAGCUGACCAAAACCCAAUACGAGAGCACAUCAGUGGAACUGGUUAAAAUGGCGGUUCGCACCCUGACUGACCUUGGAGUAUUGACAGAGGAGAGAAAGAGAGAAAGUGUUUACCUGGACCUGAGUCCCGUUUUCCACCUGGCUGAAAACAGACGGAAAAUCCACCACUUCAUCUCCCAGUUCACUUCACAAAAUAAAGUUUUACGGAGUUUGAGGGAGCCAGAGGCAGAGCUGGACGCUGAGGAGAGGAGAGGGCGUAUCAGAGAAUGCGUCCGUCCCCGACAGAGCGCUGCGGCAGCCUGGCCUAAGGUAGAGAACUGUCGGAAAAGAAAAGCUACUGAAUAA